AUGCGUCUCACACUGCCGCUUUUAUCAAAACCAAAGUCAGCAGCAACAUUACUCAAACCUAAGCCAGACGCGCUAGAGUCGUAUCUUUCCGCGCUGAAAGCGACGCAGCUCAAAUCUCUCGCUAGGGCGACGGGGAUUCCUAAUUCGGGACGGAAGGAUGAGUUGAGGCGCCGAAUCAAUGAUGAGGUUUUGAGGAGUGUUUUUUUGAGUGAUGCUGGUCAUCAUGACCCCUCUCAAGAGAAGAUGAAGAGGGGGAGGGGAGGAGGAGGAGGAGGAGGAGGAGGAGGAGGAGAGGCGAAGGAGUUGAGUGUAUUGAGUAUUGAUAUGGGCAUUCAGAAUUUGGCGUUUGCGCAUUUGAUUGUGCGGUCGCCUGAACAUCUAGUAGAGACGCGAGAUGGACUCAAGAAGGGGUUGAUUACGUUGAAUGCGUGGCAUCGCAUCGGCGUUCAAGAACUGGCCGCUGCUUCUCCUGCGACUCAUGAUGCAGAGACAGAAGUAAAGCUACAAUCUCUCCUCCCGUCCUCGGCAUUUCGCACAUUCACCACCACCAAACAACAAUCUCUCACAGAAAUCAACGAAACUGAAGAGCACCCAUCCAAUACAGAAACAGCAAACAAAAACUUCGAACCCGACACCCUCUCCCACAACGCCUUUGUGCUACUCUCCUCUUUGCUGCAAGCAUACAAGCCAACACACAUCCUCAUCGAACGCCAACGAUUCCGCUCAGCGGGGCAAUCCGCCGUUUUGGAAUGGAGUUUGCGAGUAGGAGUCUUUGAGGGCAUGUUGCAUGCUGUGCUGUGUACGAUGCGGGAAUUAUCCCGCUUUAACAAGCGUCGUGGUGAUAUGGAUGGGGUGGUGGAUGCGUUACAAGUAUAUCCCAUUAGUCCGGGGCGGAUAAUGCAGUUUUGGGAUGAGGGGAAAUCUCAAGAAGAGGAAGGUAAUGAGGAUGAUGGUGAAGGCAGCAAGAAAGGCAAGAAUCGUGUCAAAAGAUUCAAGAUGGAUGUUGUAGGGGAUAUACUCUGUGCUUCUACUAUAUCAAAGCCCGGAAAGGAAAGUCUGUUAUGCUGGGACGUUGCCGUCAACACGGACAAGGACAAACCGAGUGGCCCCGGUGUUGCGGAUGUUGUGGACGCGUACCUUAGACGAUGGAAUCCGCAACUCUCGGUCUCGGAGACUAAAACAAGCAAGAAAAGCAAGACGUCGAAUAAUGACAACAAGCAAGCAUACAAAAUCGACAAGAUGGAUGAUCUUGCGGAUUGUUUGUUGCAGGGACUGACUUGGUUGGAGUGGCAGGCGAGACGGGCUAAGAUCGCGCGGGGGCAGAUCCCUUGA